AUGUCAAAAGUCUUCUUCGAUAUCUCAGCCAAUGGUGCUAAAUUAGGUAGAAUUACCUUCAAAUUAUACAAUGACAUUGUUCCAAAAACCACUGAAAACUUCAGAGCUUUAUGUACUGGUGAAAAAGGUUUCGGUUACGCUGGUUCAUCAUUCCACAGAGUUAUUCCUCAAUUCAUGUUACAAGGUGGUGAUUUCACCAGAGGUAACGGUACCGGUGGUAAAUCAAUCUACGGUGAUAAAUUUGCUGAUGAAAACUUUGCUAAAAAGCACGAAAAACCAGGUUUAUUAUCAAUGGCUAAUGCUGGUCCAAACACCAAUGGAUCUCAAUUUUUCAUCACCACUGUCCCAUGUCCAUGGUUAGAUGGUAAACACGUUGUUUUCGGUGAAGUCGUUGAAGGUUUCGAAAUUGUUAAACAAAUCGAAUCUUACGGUUCAAACUCCGGUGCUACCAAAGCUAAAAUCACCAUUACCGAAUCUGGUGAAUGUUAA